GGGGAGGGGAGGGUUUCUAUUUUUCAUUGUGCAUCAAAUCCCUAAAGGUCACAAAUAAAUCCCAAAUAUUAAUAUUGAUGCAGUCAGAACAGGAAGUGUUCGACACCAAAGCAAGCAAGGAAAUUGAAGAGGUUCCCACCUCGGAUCACACGAAGAUGGGCUUAACUCUUGUCAGAUGCUCAUCUUACUGACAAGGAGCUGUUAAGGUGGAGUGAUCAGACCGUGCCCCUCAGAGUCCUGAAAAUGCAGCUUGGGAUGUUGGGAACAGUGGCAGCACCAAGUGAGUGGCUUGGGAGGGAGGGGGCCUUGAACUCUACCCUAAUUUCCAUGGAGCCACACAUCCAAGAGUCACCCCCAAAUAAAAAUACAGUCUAAGGAAAACCCAUGGACUUAUUACACAAAAGCAGCUUCAAAGAGAAGCCGCUGGUCAGCUGACAACUCCUAAGUUUCCCCUAAGUAGAUAAGAUCAGAGUCUCCAUCCCACCUUCCCCCUACAGGCUGAUUGCAUUCUCCUUCGCACAUCUGGCUUAGGGAUAAUAUUUCCUUCCAACGAGGAAUCUCAGAGAGGAAAGAAGUGGGGGAUCCCUUGGUUGUAGCAAAAGAGCUUUGCUCCAGGUUCUGGCCUAGACCCUGAUCCUGGCUGAGAUGGGCAACUAACUGCACUUCUUUAGCUCUAGUCUCUUCCGCCACAAGAUGAAAUGACUCAACUCUAGACCAUCUCAAAUAGCCCUUCCAAGCCUAACUCUGGAUUCUAUAUUAUAAAUGUUUCAAAUGAAGACAGUGACAACUGUCUCUUCAUAGACAACUAUUGGCCCUCAGGGACCUUUACUGUUUAGAACUUAUAUUUAGUUCAGAGACAACAACAUUGAACACAAAUGAGGAAACUAUUCCAACGAAGUUAAGUUUUUUUUUUAUUAGUAUUAAAAUGAAUCCAUGGUAUCUUACUUCUCAUAAUUCUUCACUCUGAAAUGAAUGUCUAAAAAACAAAACACCAGCAUUCUGGUCUAGACUGUAAUUCAGCUUUACUUCCUUUAUCUCCCAGAGCUGUUCUUUCCUGGAACUAGGGAACAUUUCAUGAGUUAAAAUAAGGUGAGAGAAAUAGAAACCAGUACUCUCUAGACCAGUUCAAAAGGUCUUUGAUUUUUCAUUUAGUUGACAGUGCUGACUUUAUCUGUUUUCAGAAUUUUUUUUCUUUUUGCUGGAUUAAAUAUGAGUAAUGGGCAAAGAGCAGAGUAAGAAGAAACAAAUACUGGUGGGUUUUACCAUGGCUCUGGUUCCGGCUUGGCUAUUAACUAGCUGUGUGCUCUGGUACAUAUGACUUGAAAUUCCUGAAUCUCAGUUCAUUCAUCUGCAAAAUGUGGAUUAUCAUACACUAGUCCCCCUUAUGAGUUAAGUGGGGUAAGGCCAGGGAACAGAGAAUGGACACAAUAUAUAGUGUUGGUUCUUUUUUUUAAUUUAAUUUAAUUUAAUUUAAUUUUUUUGUCUUUUUGCCUUUUCUAGGGUCACUUCCUGCGGCAUAUGUAGGUUCCCAGGCUGGGGUCAAAUUGGAGCUGUAGCCGCCAGCCUAUGCCAGAGCCACAGCAACUCGGAUCCAAGCCUCAUCUGUGACCUAAACCACAGCUCACAGCAAUGCCCGAUCCUUAACCCACUGAGCAAGGCCAGGGAUCAAACCCACAACCUCAUGGUUCCUAGUCGGAUUGGUUAACCACUGCACCACGACGGGAACUCCUACAGUGUUGUUUCUUUGGAUGACUCUCCAAAACAAGGGCAUUUGCCUCAUUUAAAAGUAUGGAAGGAGUUCCAGCGGAAACAAAUCCAACUAGCAUCCAUGAGGAUGCAGGCCUUGCCCAGGGGCUUGGGGAUCCAGCAUUGCCAUGAGCUGUGGUGUAGGUUACAGAUGCUGCUCAGAUCCUGUGUGGCUGUGGUGCAGGACAGUAGCUAUAGCUCUGAUUAGACCCCUAGCCUGGGAACUUCCAUAUGCCUCUGGUGCAGCCCUAAAAAAGCAAAAAAAAAAAAAAAAAAAAGUAUGGACAUUACUACUAACUGCAGUAGUUAAAACAGAUACGAGUCCUGGAAGUUCCAUGUAAGCAGAAUCAGGACCAAAGAAAAUCAAGAGUUAUGGCAAAAGUGAGGCUUCCAAAAAUCUACAGAAUAGCUGAUUCUCUUGGAGUUCUUGUCGUGGCUCAGUGGUUAACAAAUCCGACUAGGAACCAUGAGGUUGCGGGUUAGAUCACUGGCCUUGCUCAGUGGGUUAAAGGAUCCGGCAUUGCUGUGAGCUGUGGUGUAGGCUGCAGACACGGCUCGGAUCCAGCGUUGCUAUGGCUCUGGCGUAGGCCGGUGGCUACAGCUCCGAUUCGACCCCUAGCCUGGGAACCUUCAUAUGCUGUGGGAGGGGCCCAAGAAAUAGAAAAAAAAAAAAGACAAUAGUUGAUUCUCUCUUUUGAAGACACUUAAAUUGCUUCCCAGUUUUCCACAUUAAGGUCAGGAGGACAUAGUGCAAAGGCGGAUGGUGGAAAUUGUGGGGUUUACUACAGGUCAGAUCCUAGCCGGGCCUAGGUUCCUCAUUAAUCAUCUGAUUUGGUUAAUCUCAGUCCUUCCACUUUGAAACCUCCCUCAAUCUAAAUUGCUUCUGUAACAAAGACGAAAACUACUUUGGAAUAUGACCUUACAGACAAUGAAUCAUGCUUUGGUCCAAAUGAAUUAUACAUUAAUUAAGUUAUAAUUAUACAUUAUGUUACAGGCCAAGUCUCAUUUCAUUUCAUUUGCCAAUUAAGAAAGGAAGGGCCUCAAAAAAAGAAAAAAGAAAAAAAGAAAAAGAGAGGAAGGGCCUCCACCUGUAUCACUCAAAUUCGAUUACUUCAUCCCAAAGUUGUGGUUAUUUCAGUACAAAAAAAAAAAAAAAAAAAAGAUUGGAGAAAGAGCAGUGCCUGAGGGUUUAAGAAAGCCUUCGAGGGAGUUCCCAUGGUAGUUCAGUGGAAAUGAAUCCAACUAAGAACUAGGAAAUUUCGGGUUUGAUCCCUGGCCUCACUCAGCGGGUUAAGGAUCCAGCCCAGGAUCCGUGGGCUGUGGUGUAGGUCACAGGAGCAGCUCAAGUCUGGCAUUGUUGUGGCUGUGGUGUAGACCAGCAGCUACAGCUCCGAUUUAACCCCUAGCCUGGGAACCUCCAUAUGUCACAGAUGCGGCCCUAAAAAGAAAAGAAAAGAAAGAAGGAAAGCCUUCAAAGGAAAUCAACCAGAUAAGGAGAUUCGGUGGGUAAUACAGAAGAUUCUAGAGCUGGUUAUUUUCUUGAGUAUCACCUGCAUUGGGGGCAUUUCAUGCAGUACCAGUAUUGCCUCUAGAUCUCAAACUCCUCUCAAUAAAGUCACUAGGAGGAGACAGACUGGAAGCAUAUACACCUCCUAGCUAAACUACUCCAGAUCAGCUGCCCAGGGGUAGGAAGAUCUCAACCUUUUUCUAGAAAAUACUCUGGUUAACCAGUUUCAUUCAUUUGCCUCUCCCAUUCUCCACAUAACUUUUGCUGUUUUCUCCACGUGAUUCACACGGUCUGCCUCCCCACAUGGCAUCCAUCCUUCAAGACCUUUGAACAAAGGCGAUCUCUUCCAAAGUCAAUGAAUUGCAACUCCGGGGCUUGGGGGCUCAGUUGAUCACUGGAGUAGGGGCUGAUUUUUCUCUUUGGCAGCCUGCGUCUGCCCCUAGGAUAUGUUUUUCGAACUUGGAGUUACUUUGAUCUUGCCUUGUAUUGUACUUGGGUCUUGCCCUUAAACUUGUCCCAGAAGACAAGCCCCCUGGGAGCACAACCAUGUUCCUAGUUAACUAUCUUUUUCUCUCCCAAAGCACCUUGCCCCUUCCAAAAGUAGUGGCUCAAUAACAUAUCUACAAAUUAAGUGCACUGUACUUAAAUAUAAACACGGUUUGGGUCUCUGGUGCCAUGUGUGUUGCCACACCAAACCACAUUGGGAAGUUUCAAAUUGCCUUGACCGACUUCCAGCUCCCUCGCUAUCCCUGGACACACGCUAAGCAAUUGUGAAAUCACCAAAAAGGUAGGGAUGCAGAGGGGGGGAAUAAAGGGAAGCCAGGGCCUGAACAAUCCUGAGUCAUCAUUUCCUGAAUGAUGGAACUUGCUGCUUGGGAGAAAGGAACCUGAGCGGCGGGUGGAGUACGAGCCCGGGACAAGCCCCCGCCCCUCGCCCUGCAGCGCUGGACCCGCGAGCCAGGGCCGGCCCUCACCCACGUGCUGGAGCGCCCCCCUGUGGCCGCACCGCAGCCCCCUCCGCUCCUGGCUCCCGCAUACCACUCUCCCCGCGGCCAAAGAAACAAGACACGCACAAAGUUUCCCAGCCAGGCGGUUAGAGAAAGGUCGAUGCCAGGUCUGGAAGCUCGAAACGCGGGCGUGGCGGGAGCGGCACCCAGGGUGGCGGCGAUGACAAGGUGCCCCCCAAAAGCCCACCUGGAGUCCGCCGCCCCACCCAAUGCCGCCCUCCUUGCCAGGGUGACAAGUGGAAGCAGCAACUCCUCAUCCUCCUCCCCCUCCAACCUCCCGCUUUGGAAGCAGCAUGAUCCUGCCGGCCGCGGACCCCUAAGGCAGGAAGCGGAGGGCGCCCCCAGACUAACAGCGCUGCCGCCCAGGCACAGGGCAGGGCGCCUGGAGCCCCGCGCUCGGAGCCGGCGGGCGAGGCAGCCCCGGCGGUGCGCUCAGAUCCUGGCUUCCUCCUCACCGCCCGAGAGCAUGUCAAGGUUCGGGUCCGGGUGUUCACCGCUCCUCCGUCUCCUUCCUUGCCGAGGUCGAUCCUCCUGGAACGCGGUGUUGCAAAGUCAGGCGGGGAGGGAGGGAGACCGGCUGGAAACCGCUCUAUUCGGUAGCCCGGGUCGGUAGGAGCGGGCGCCAGAUCAGGGCAUGCCCGGCGGCGGGCGAGGGAGGGAAAAAAAGAGAGAUUUCCAAAAAUUAAAACGAAUGCACAAAAGUCA